AUGGAGGCGGCCAACAGCACGACGCCGGCCGCCGGCAACGCCAGCCAGCCGUCGCCGGCCAGCCUGGGCUACCAGCUGGGCACGUCGGUGGUGCUGGGCGCGCUGAUCCUGUUCGCCGUGCUGGGCAACGCCUGCGUGAUCGCGGCCAUCGCCCUGGAGCGCUCCCUGCAGACGGUGGCCAACUACCUGAUCGGCUCGCUGGCCGUCACCGACCUGAUGGUGUCGGUGCUGGUGCUGCCCAUGGCCGCCCUCUACCAGGUGCUGGGCAAGUGGACGCUGGGCCAGGUGACCUGCGACAUCUUCAUCUCCCUCGACGUGCUGUGCUGCACCUCGUCCAUCCUGCACCUGUGCGCCAUCGCCCUGGACCGCUACUGGGCCAUCACCGACCCCAUCGACUACGUCAACAAGCGGACUCCCCGGCGGGCCGCCGCCCUCAUCAGCCUCACCUGGCUGGUGGGCUUCCUGGUCUCCAUCCCGCCCAUGCUGGGCUGGCGCACCCCCGAGGACCGCUCCGACCCCAACGCCUGCACCAUCAGCAAGGACCCCGGCUACACCAUCUACUCCACCUUCGGCGCCUUCUACAUCCCGCUGCUCCUCAUGCUGGUCCUCUACGGGCGCAUCUUCAAGGCGGCCCGCUUCCGCAUCCGCAAGACGGUCAAGAAAGCCGACAAGAAGCAGCCCGCGGCGCGCCCCGAGGCCGACACCUGCCUCUCCCUCUCGCCCGCCGGCCCGGGGCCCCAGCGGAGCAACGGGGGCCUCCCGCCGCCCCCGCCGCCGGCCAAGAGCUGGAAGAGCGCCGUGGAGCCCAAGGCCGGCGCCUGCCUCAACGGGGCCGUCCCGGUGGCCCCCUCCGCCCUGGAGAUCCUCGAGGUGAGCCCCUCCAACUGCGCCAAGGGCCACCUGCCCCUGCCCAACCACCCCGCCGCCGCCGCCGCCGCCACGCCGGGCCCCGAGAGGAAGAACGAGCAGCCCACGACGGCCGAGGCCAAGCGCAAGAUGGCCUUGGCGCGGGAGAGGAAGACGGUCAAGACGCUGGGCAUCAUCAUGGGUACCUUCAUCCUCUGCUGGCUGCCCUUCUUCAUCGUGGCGCUGGUGCUGCCCCUCUGCCCCGGCUGCUACAUGCCCGAGGAGCUGGGCGCCGUCAUCAACUGGCUGGGCUACUCCAACUCCCUGCUCAACCCCGUCAUCUAUGCCUACUUCAACAAAGAUUUCCAAAGUGCUUUUAAGAAGAUCAUCAAGUGCAAGUUUUGCAGGCAGUGA